GAUAGAUUGGGUGUUAAGUGUUUGUUGAGUGUUGAUUUCAAGUACGGAGGCCCCGGAAUGCUGUUUAUUAUUAAUUUCUAAUUUGUGCAUAUAAGAAACAACUCAUCAAAAAGAUGGCGCCCAUGCGUGGCGAACGUGGAGGCUCCCCAGCUAGAGGGGCCCGAGCGUCACUACCGCUCCCGCGCCGCCUCAUCCGCCAGAUAGCGAGGCAUGUGGCCUCCAGUGGUCGAUCACUGCGCCGGCUUGAGGUCUCCGGACGCGUCAUAGACAACUUUGAUGACAUAGAUGAUGCGUCGGACGAGUCUGAUAUGGACACAUCGCAGCCUGCGGUUGCAUGUGGCGGCAAUGCUGGUAACUUACCACCGGCUGACCACGACGACGACUUGACGAGCUUAAGUUGGUUACAGGACAGAAAUUUGCUAAGAGGUAUAAAUCUGACAAAGGGCGAUAUGGAAGAUAACAAAAUGAUUAGUAGUCAAGUUAUUGUUAAGACAGAGUCUAAGACUCCACCGCCAACAUGCCGUAUCCCAUCCCCACCUCGGACCCCAUGUAAGGCUCCUCCCUCUCCACCAGCAGUAAACACACACACAAAGCCUCCCUACUCGUUCUCUUGCCUCAUCUUCAUGGCCAUAGAAGCGGCGCCAGCUCGGGCGUUGCCAGUAAAGGAGAUCUACGCCUGGAUUAUAAGACACUUUCCAUACUUCAAGCACGCACCUCAGGGCUGGAAAAACAGCGUUCGUCAUAAUUUGUCAUUAAACAAAUGCUUUCAUAAGGUGGCAGCUGCUCCAGGUCUGGGUAAAGGAUCUCUAUGGACGGUCGAUCCGCAACACCGUUCAACAUUAUUACAGGCGUUCGGUCGGCAGCCGGUGCCGCCGGUGGAGGUGGAGGCGGAGAGCGCGGAGGGCAAGAACGCGCCCGACCCGCAGCUGUUCCCGUACCUGGCGCGCCGCCUCGCCGACACGCGCACGCCGCCCGGCGCCGACGAGUACCUCGCCGCCGCCACCGUGCUCGCCAUGAAGUACGGGCCCGCCGUGCUCGAGCAGCUGCCGCCCGAGGCGCACCUGGUGAUCUCCCGCUGCGCGCGCGACGAGCACUCGUACAGCGGCGGCGAGGAGCGGCGCACGGCCGAGGCGCUGCUCAACCUGGCCGGCGUGUCCGCGCACGCGCCCAGCUAGCGCGACCCGGUAAACAAGGGUCGUUGGUGAUAUCUCAGGCUAUCGAGCACUCGGAUACGCGGUUGUGGGGACGGUAACAUCAAAUGUAAGUCUUCCUAAGAAAAGUUAUGCUUCUUAAUCAAACACUUCAGUCUACCUAUAAAAUGUUUAUUUUGUCAUGAGAUACUAUCUCGGUACAAUGUUAUGUAUUAUGAUUUUGUUUAUACCAUUGGAAAUAUUAUAUUAUAAAAUGUUGUUUUAACUACCCUCAAAAAACGAAUAAUUCAUGUUAUGUUAUUAUAUACUAAUUUAGUCCCUAAUUUAAAACGUAAAAGUUUUAUAUUAUUUGUUCUGUGUGUACUGCUCAAAUGUUUUAUUUGUAAAGCGAUAAUAUUAAGUUAUGUACAUAUGAUAUCUCAUAGUGAAUUCUGUUUACCGCUGGGGCAAAGCCUCGGAAAGUGAUCGUUGACAUAUACGUUCAAAGAACAAAAAAAAAAGGUUUGAUAUCGAAAGUUGCUCGACAAAUUCUAUAAGGUUUGUCUAUGAUCACUAAGAAUAGACAAAGGUUUACCACUCUCUAGUCCAAAUAAGACAAUUCAUUAAAAAAAAAAAACUUUCGGUGAUGUAUACACAGAUGUCUACUGUUAUUUUUAAAUUAUAUAAAUUAUUCAAUUAAUAAAGAUAUAUCACGCUAUAAUGUAGAAUAAGGCUCACUUGUUAUAUAAGACCUGACCUAUUUCCAUUCUAUUUUUAUACUUUAAUCUGAAUACAUCACAUAUAAAAGUACUAGCCUUCAUAAUACAGUUCUUACUAAAAAUAACUACUUGAAUGUUUCCACCGUGUAUUUUUAAAUAAUUCUUCGAAAAUGAAAAACUAUUUAACAUUUAUAAUUAAAUAAAUAUCUCGAUGAAAACUACGUAGAGCAUUAAUAAUAGAUGUGAUAAUAAUUAAUCAAAUUCAUUAUUAAAAGAAUGGAUAAUAGUUCAAUAGAUUUCCUGCAUUUAGGUUCCCCCUUUUAACUUUAGUCGAACGUUUAUAAUAUUAAUAAGAACACAAUUAUUAAUAUCAUAAGGGAAAGUGUUAUACAUAUUUCCGUGUAUUUCGUAUGAAUAUUAUGCCGAGUGUUGCCAGUAUAAAUGAUAAUUGUUCAAGGAUAUAACGGAAAUAUUAAACACGGUAGUAUUAAGUUUAAAAUAAUUUAUUUCGCUUAGCUGUGUCGAAUUAUUAAAGGAAAUUAUGAAAAUUAUAUUCUAAACUGAGCAAUUUAGGUAAUAUUGUGCGUAUAUACAUACAUGUGAUCUGAAUGCAAUCAUAACUAUACAAAUAUGUAUACAGGGCUAAAUAAAAUAUAUUUUAUAUAAUUAUUUAAUAAAUGUCACAUAAUAUAGAAACAAAAGGUCUCAGGCGACUCUUUGUAUCAAUACUAUUUUAAAGUAUCAUCCUAAAACUUGUUUGUGGUCUAAAACCGAAUAGACUAAGGUCUUGCUAUUUAUAUUAAAAACAAAAUUAAAUAAAAAAAUUAAUUUAUUAACGCAAACAUGUUAAUCAUAGAACAAUAAUAUAUCGUAUUUGUUUAAUAAAAAGUGCUUUAUGAACUUCUUUAAUUAAAAAAAAUAUAUAUUUAUUAAUCAGAGCAUUUAGAAGCAGUUUUUAACAAACUGUUAAAAAAAAUCCUUAAGUUCAUAAGAUAUCAAUGAAUAAUUAAUAUAUUACACAUUAUUCAACUAAAUACUUUCGAUUUUACCUAUAAAUGUUGUCAAGGGGGUGAGACAAUUUUGUGUCUUCUAUUUCCUUAUGUGAAAUCAAUGAUGACAGAAAGAGAGGUAUAAUUGGAACUAAACAUCCGCUAAACAAUGUUCAUAAGUAGAGCCGUUUGAUUUUAACUUCACAUUGAAUUAUGUAGAAAAUGUCUGUUGUCUUAUUUAAAAGUGAUACAUUGUUUAGUAAUAAUGAUAUACAAGUACAUAGGUAUAUAUACAUAGGUAUAUAUAUAUAUAUAUAUAUAUAUAUAUAUAUAUAUAUAUAUAUAUAUAUAUAUACAUAGGUAUGGCUAUAAUCGAGCUAUUUUCUUGUGUUCAUAAGCAUGUGAUCUAAUAACUAUAGCUUAAAACAUUUCGAUGUUUCCAUAAUGUCUUGCAUACUCUUGUAUUUAAUUCAGAUUAUUUAUUGUAAAAAUAAUUUUAAUAAGUAAACUAAUUGAUGAAAACUGUAUUUUAAAUAUUGCAACGCUUGAAUGAAUUUUUACUAAUUGAAUUGUAUUAUGAUGUUUUAAAUUCGGUCCAAUAAUUUUAAACACAAAAAAAAAUAUAUUACAAUUUACAUUCGAAAUUAUUGGAAUGUUAAUAAAGUGCCUACUAUAUAUGUUGCCAUUUAUGUAACUCUUUUAUCUAUAUUUUUAAAGUAGAACAAGUUAAUGCUAUAAACUUGAAUGCUUAUAUCCAAAGAUUCAAUAUACCCAAAUCUUUUUGGAAAUAUGUGUUGCUUCGUUUCAAUGUGGAGUUUAGUGUAAUUACUCGUGUAGAACCAUUCUCUAGGCUGAGCCAUGACUGAUUUGUAAAAGCAAUAUUAUUUAUUAGUAAAUUAAAUUUUGCGUUUAAAUAAAAAUGCAAUUUAGAAAAAUUUUAUCGUUCUAUAAAUUGUUUCAUUAUCUUUAUUCAUUGCAAGGCAUUAUAUCAACAUAAUCACAAAUAAUAAAAUAUUAUAUUGUUGUAACACUGUCUUAAAAAAAAUCGCUGUGUGCCAAAUUAUAAAAUUAAAAAAAAAAAAUAACAUUGUUAUACCAUAAACAAGCAAAUCCAAAUAAAUAGGUACCAGAAAUAUUAGUGUAUUUAUAUAUUAAUUAAAGGAAAUAUAUAACGCAUACUUAGAUUAGGUGAUAAGUGAUAUUAUAGUUACAUAAUUUAUGCUAAAUUAAAUACAUACAUUUUUGCUGUAUUUAGAAGCGUCUUCCAUCUUACUCAUUGAUUCUAUUAGAUUACGUACAUUCGGAGAUAAAUGUCCAUGUUAAUAAAAUAUGGAUUAGAUGUAAGAAAAGGAUAAAAGAUAUAUCUUAAAAAUGAUCAUCAGAUCUUUCUGCUGUGUUUUGUUACGGGUUUCUUCCAUGGACUUUUUUCUCCGACUGUCCACUCACUAGCCUUUCUUUUGGUGGUAUAAAUGUGUAGAUGAAAUUUUACAGCAAUAAUUAGUACAUAAUGUAGGACUUCGCUGGUAGAUGCUGCGUGUAUAAUUGUGUGAUACAUUACGAUUUAUUUAAUAAGUGCUAUAUUUAAAUGAAAUUUGAAUACAUCGUUGUGACACCUCGUUUAUUUAAUAAACCAAGUUGGUAUCAAUUGUGGGUCGCUUUGAAACGUAUUUGCUGUUUAUCCAAACCAAAACAACUUUGCCCACAAUCGAACGCAUCGGUGUAUGUGAUCAAAAUUACUGAAAAAGUUAUAUCACUAAUAUGAUAUUAAAAUUGUUGCGGCUCAUACUUUAUCAGAAAUAAUUUAUCGUUUAAUUUAUUUUAAUUAGUUUGUAAGUUGUUAUUGAUUUUUGUAACGAUUGGAUUUGUAAAACGAUUCCUUGGAACCAGUACUUUCGGGUUUGCUUCGUUUUGUUUAGAGAUAAUCGUUUUAUAGGCGUUGCCCUUGUUAUCACAUCAAAUAGAAAAUUCUGUAAAAAAAUAACAAGACUGCAUUGGCGACGUCAUUUUUUUUUUUGCUAGAAAUUAGAUAUAUGUUAUGUCCCGAACUAUAGUUAAGUCCAAAAUGAUUGUUGUUGUUGAUAAUUUAUCUGGCUUGCGAACGACAAAAUAAAUUAGCUAUUGUUAAAAGUUAUUGCCAAAUUUUUAUUUGUUCAAAUUUUUUUUUUGUCUGUGUACAUAUCCAAUAAAUAAAUUAUGUACUGAAGAUCA